CCUUCGACGAAUCGGUGGGGAUCCGUGCGGUCCGAUUGGAUGUUGGCUCGCGCGCGUUGCGGCAAUACUCUCGCGCUCCGCAACAGAAAACAGUCAGUCGUCCCGGGGCGCUCGACCGGGCACGUAGGGCGAUUUGCGAUUUUUUCGUGCUGAAUCGCGCCACACUCGUGUGACACGCGGUCACACUCUUUUUCCACACGCGGUUUCUUCCUCUCUCUCUCUUUAUCUUGGAUUUUGGGAUUUACGAAGUGACCCGUAAAGAACCACCACGUCGUCGAACGAAUAAAAAUAGCCAUCGGGACGAGAUAUAAAAAGGAUACAAUAGGCUCCAUUUUUCUGAUUGUCUCAAUCCGUCGUCGUCCAUUUCGUCGCGCUUCCUCAGUGGUGUGAAGGAACCUUAGGGAGUAAUAUCUUCACACGAUUCAGUGUCCAAAAAAAAAAAAAAAAAAGUGCGACCGUCAGUGAAUCGUCGUCGCAGUUCGAUCUUCUUGUAUCUUUCCUUUCUCUCUCUCUGCGAACUUUCGUUACGAAUUUUCGCGCCCGAAACUCUCCUUCUCGUGCUCCGAAAGCAGCACGGCCACAUUUAUGGGGGUGUCCGGAGAGUGCGCGGUCAAGGGCAGCAGAAGCAGCCACCCCUGUCAUUGCUGCGUUCACGUCGGUAGUUCCGGCGCGAGCGUGCAACAGCAACAGCAGCCGCCACCGUUGCCACCGUCGUCCACGCAGCCCUGCGAACCUCAUCAUCAUCACCAUCAUCAGCACCAUCAUCAUCACCACCAUCAUCACCAUCACGGCAAGCACGCACCGGCGAACGCGUCGCCGCAACACAACAACAGCGGCGACAACAACAACAUCCUGGCACCUCUACGCAGCAAGAUGAAAGUGCUGAAGAAGCUUAAGCGCAAGAUGGGUCUAGCUCCCAGAUCAUCGAACGCGGGUACCAACAACCUGCCGCCGUUGACGUUUCAUCAUGUGCACGGUGACAAUAUCAGACUGUGCAAUGGCGGCACAAUCGCCCGGAGGCACGAGAGCUUUUGCAAGGGUGUCACCUUUAGCGCCAGACCCGUGCGAGUGGGCGAGAAGGUCUGUGUGAAGUUCCUGGAGAUAUCCGAUAAUUGGAGCGGCGUCAUUCGUUUCGGCUUCACCAGCAACGAUCCGAUCAACCUACGGAGCGGUCUGCCGAGGUACGCGUGUCCCGAUUUGACUAACAAACCGGGUUACUGGGCGAAGGCCCUCGCCGAGAGAUUCGCUGAAAGGGACGCGGUGCUCUUCUACUACGUCACGUCAGCCGGCGACGUGCACUUCGGCGUGAAUGGCGAAGAGAAAGGCGUCUUCUUCAGCGGCGUCGAGACCCGGGGUCCGAUAUGGGCGAUUAUCGACGUUUACGGCAACAGCACGGCGAUCGAGUUCGUCGAUCCGAAUCGCCAGCACUUCAACAACAUCCGCCGAGGUGCCGACCACAGCAACGAGGACAACGCGCAACACAGCAGGCACUCGGCGAUGGACGAUGCCAGCAACGCCGGUCGGGACGUCGAAAGAAUCAUCGUGCCGUCCAUGCAAAGCAUGUCGAUUCAUCACGAGCCUGACGUCGAGCUACCCGGGCUCAGGUUUCAGCCCCCCGGCGUUAUCUUCACUCCUCUGCCCUUCCACUCCACUCGGGGUAGGAACAUCCGCUUCAGCAACCAACAGUGCGUGGCGACGCGCACCGACACGGAAUUCUGUCAUGGCUACGCAUUUACGAGUCGACCGUUGUUGUUGGGCGAGCGGAUAGUCGUGCAGAUUCUCUCUACGGAGCCAAUGUACGUUGGCGCUCUUGCCCUCGGCCUGACCUCGUGCGAUCCAGCACGUCUCACGGCGGAGGAUUUGCCGGACGACAGCGAUCUACUGCUGGAUCGACCCGAGUAUUGGGUAGUCUCCAAAGAUGUAGCGUCCAGUCCGCAGCCCGGCGACGAGAUCGCCUUCACGGUCACGCACUACGGCGAGGUGCAGAUGAGCAAGAACGGUGGCCCACCCAAUGUCGUCAUGCAUGUAGACGAGAGUCUUCAACUAUGGGCAUUCGUAGAUGCCUACGGUAGCACUCAAAGGGUGAGAAUGCUGGCCAGCAGACCGACAUCGCCGCCGCGGCAACGUCAGAGCAACCCUUCGCCGGCCACCAUUGUUCAGCAACAACAACAACAACAACACACAAAUCACAGCAACGCUGCCACGGAAUUGUCCAGAUUCUCCGAGAUGGUGCAGUUCAAGCCUGCCGUAGGCGGCGGAACUGUGCUCGUUGUCAAUCUCCCGCCCCAGGCUGGUUACUCGACACCCCCGCCACCCACACCACAGCCGAUUUACGCGUCCGCGGCGCACAGAAAUCCGCCGUCGCAAUCGGUGCAUCUUUCCGCAGCUGCUUCGCCCGCGCCAGUUCCACAUCCCGGCUCGUCUAGACAAUCCUCGCCGCCGUUAACCGGUACUAUGGCCAGCACCGGUUCAUCCACGUACGUCGAUCCUGUGACCUAUCAGAGUCUGGACGGCACGUUGACGUCGCACGCGACGUCAUCGCACUUGCAACAGUGGAGCGAAGGCCUGCAGCCAACGCUCGCCGGCCAGCCAAGCGAGUGCUCCAUCUGCUACGAGCGCAGCAUCGACAGCGUGCUCUAUAUGUGCGGUCACAUGUGUAUGUGCUACACCUGCGCGAUUCAGCAGUGGCGUGGCAAGGGCGGCGGUCACUGUCCGCUCUGCCGGGCGCCUAUUCGCGAUGUCAUUCGCAUUUAUCGGUCCUGAACAAUCCAGGACUAAGAGAGAGAGAAAGAGAGAGAGAGAGAGAUACAAACGGGGAUAGAAAGAGCGCGGACGUCUUCCCGGUUGUUCCCAUUGCCGUAGCUGCGUCCGUCACCGUGCUUCCGUCGUCUUCGUUUCCUUCCGCGUCGAAUCCGCCGCGUUUCAUCACCCGUCUUGCCGAUCAUUGCGCGAAGAUGAUGAUUCACUUUUGCACUAUACAAAAAACGGUGACUAUCGUAUCUUUUUCUACUGAAAUGCGGAGCGUUUCUCUUCUUCGUGAAGAAAAUUAAGUAGACAAAAACGGGAGGGAGAGAGAAAAGCUCCUUAGUGAGAUCUUCUAUACAAAGAAUUUUCUCGCCCCAAAACUUCUGCCAUGUUAGAUUUAUUACGUAGUUCGCGACGUCUUUCGAGAUCGCGUCGCUGUCAAUUAACGUGUCAAUGCGAGAUUGGACACGACGGACCAUCGCGAUCACUGCCAUCGUAAUUGAUCCAAGCGAGAAAGCGGAUGAUGUAUCGCCGCGGAUGCGAACGAAUGUGUGUGAGGGAGAAAGAUAGACAAACCGCUACAUAGUUGGUCGAGUUUGCUUUGUAUAUCCCAGUAUGCCAGUCUGUUGUUGUGUGCGAGUGGUAACAUGCUUGUGGUGGUGAGUGAGUGCGAAACCUCAUGCGACAUCGACAAAAGAGAGAGAUCGAUUUUAGAUAUUUUCACAAAGCGACACAUAAUCGUUAAUUACCUUUACCAAUUACUACUAUCGCUCUGAGCUAUCACUACUAUUGCUACUAUUACUACUACUAUAACUCUUUACUACUACCAUACUACUCUUCCAGCCUUUAUUAUUUUAUUAUUAUUAUUAUUAUUAUUAUUAUUAUUAUUAUUAUUAUAUGUAUUAAUUAUAUAUUAUAUAUUAGUAACUAUUGAUAUUAAUUAUAUAUAUAUUACUAGUUUUUUCGUACAUUGUAACAGUCUUCAUUAUUUGCGAGCUUCGUUUGCCACGAUCACUAUUAAUUUUACUUAUAUCCGCCGAUUAUAGUGAUGGUUGGCGAAUUGGAACACACAUAUAGUCACUGUUUCGUCGCGUGAUUAUUAUUUAAUAAGAUUCGUGUGAUUACGUAGUUACGAAUUGUGUUUUCGAUUGGAUGCCCCGGGACAUUUGGACAGCUCGUUCGAAAGGACCUUUGUUGCUCUGUGCUUUAGUGGAGGAUGGAAACGUGACUGGAGAUAUACAAAAAAAAAAAAAAAAAAAAAAA